AUGUUGUUCCGCCCCGUUUAUCUCAUCCUGGGCAUGUUUUCUGCUGUGUAUGCAGCGCCCUUCAACACUGCCACCGGAAGUGGUCUUGAUUCCCUAGCUUCGACCUUGAUAACACGAAGUCAAGGUAGUCUUAGUCAUACAAAUGGCAAUGCCGGCCAUCUGCAGACCAAUGGGCAUAAUCAAGGGCUAAAUGGCCAUUCUACUGCGUCUGAGUCUACGAAGUUCGAAGUUUGGUUUUCCGGCGAUGCAAAGCCACCCCGUCCUUCCACUCCAUCCGACGUAUCCAAUGAAAUCAAAACAGAUGUGGUUUCUGGUAUGAAGAAGAAGGCAUUCACGAUGGCAGUAUACGAUUUCUUCUUCUCCGUUCGUCACUGCGUCGAUGAGCUGGUAUCUGAUGAUGAUCUGGUGGCGGGAAAUUUGAGCCAAUUAUUGUUAAUGUGCUUCACCAUGCAUUCUUCUUUGUCAGCAUUCUCCUACACGCUUACAAAUGAACCCCAAGGUCGUGCGGGCUAA